UCGCGCGGCCCGGACGACGCCAAGCGCAAGCGUUCUGCGUCCUCUGCGCCUCCACCGCCCCCUGCAGCUCCUCCUCUCACCUCUGCCGAUGCAGCAGCCCCGUCGCCCCCGCAGCGGCGCCGCAAGUGGGCGCGCCUGCUGCUGCGCGAGCUCUACGACUGCGGCUUCCGCGAGUCGGCGGCGGCGCUGGAGCGCGAGGCGGCAGUGCAGCUGCGCUCGCCCUCCAUGGAGAAGCUGCAGUCGCUCAUGGGCGCACGUCAGUGGGACGAGGCGCUGCGGCUCGUGACGAGCGGCCCGAGAGACGCGGACGCAGAGGAAGGCGCUCACACUGAGCGCGUGCGCAUGAAGUCGCCGCAGGCCACGCGCGAGGCGGCGCUGCUGCUGCUGCGCCGCAAGUUCAUCGACCUGCUGCUGCAGAGGCGGCUGCCGCUGGCGCUGCGCACGUUCCAGGAGCAGAUUCUGCCCGUCUACAGGCCCAGCGAGGCGGAGGUGGCGCAGCUGGCCCAGCUGCUGCUGUGCCGGGACGAGGACGAGAUGAAGCGGCGCGCGCAGGUUCCGUGGCAGGACGAGGAGCUGCAGCGGCGGAUCGAGGCGCUGGUCAGCCCGGAGGAGAUUAUCCCAGAGGGGGCGCUGCGGAGGCUGGUGCAGGACGGGUCGGAGAUGGAUCUGCAGGUGGCGCCGCCCAUGUUGGCAGGGAAAGUGACGGGGAACUGUGUGGAGGUCCUGACGCAGCACAAGACCGACGUGUGGGAGUUGGCCUUCUCGCCCGACGGACAGAUGCUGGCCUCCGCGUCGAGCGACGGAUCCGUCGUCUUGUGGCAGAUUGAGCUGGACGAGGACGCCAUGAGCUAUGAACACUCGGCACAGCUGUCGUCGAAGCCAUUGCACGUCCUGCAGAGCCUCGAGGGCCCCGCAGAUUGCCUGGCUUGGUCUCCAGACAGCAGGUUCCUGCUCUCGAGUGGGAGCCGCUCCAGCACCAUCCAACUCUGGGAUCGAAUGAGUGGGUUGUGUGAGAAGCGCUUCCAGCACCCAGGUGGAGUGGUGACUAAAAUGCGGUGGCUGCCUUGUGCGGGUCAGUUCGUGAGUGGAAGCGCAGACAAAUCCCUGGUCUUGUGGAAUGCCGAUGAAAGUUCAAUCAUAUACCAGUGGAGCGGCCGAAGGGUUUUGGACGUGGUUGUGCACCCGCACGAGAGCAAGGUGUUCGUGCUGAUUUCGGCCUUCGAGAUUCGCGCGUACGACGUCGCUCUUAGAUCGGAUGAGCUGCUCUUGGAAGCGGAACACGCCAUCUCGUGCUUGAACAUUUCCUCAUCCGGAAGGUUUCUGCUCAUGAACCUUCUCAAGCAAGAGCAAGUCGUGUGCGUGGAGGUCGCAACAGGAUCGGUAAUAGCCAAAUACCGCGGGAUUCGAGAGCAGAGAUACGUGCUUCGCCCGUGCUUCGUUGGGGCUCAUAGUGAGCUCGUCGCGUGUGGAAGCGAAGAUGGGAAAGUGUACGUGUGGCAGCGAGAUAGCGGCAAGCGGGUGACUGAGCUGGACGGUCACUCAAGCGUCGUGAAUGUGGUUGCACGCCACCCCGUUCAUUCCAACGUGAUCGCCAGCGCAAGUGACGACGAGACCUUAUGGUCAUAUGCAACCGCCACAACGUCCUUGUCCGACUGCGAGCUUCGUCAGAGGAAGAGGCGCUUUGUGCUGCGACUAACCACUGUUGAAUUGACUCGGACCAAGGAAUCAGCAGUCAGCAUGCACGCCACCUACGAUACAUGGCAGCGAGCCACCUCGGUGGAGCACUUCCAGAAGCUGGCGCGGGGCGAAUGA